GAUAAGGUUACCCGAAGAUAACGGAUCCACUGGGUUGACAUGCAAACAACGUGUGUAGUUUCUGGGGUCUGGGGAAGUAAUUCUAUUUCCUUUUGUCUUAUCAGUCAAUCCGUGAUUGUUCAUCCUGUCCGGCUUCAAGGAACCGAAACGUUGUAUGAGUGAGCACAGUGAUUUGCAUAAUAAACAGCAUGAGAACUAUGGACGACAACGGAAUCGGUUCUGGGGCCACGGAAGACCGGUUUCCAGUGCGUCAUGAUGGCCUCACACCCAUUGGAAGGCAGUCCGAUACUGCUGCAGGUCCCAAGGGUCGCGUCGCACUGGCCUGCAAACGAUGCAAGAGACGAAAACAGCGGUGCGAUGGCUCGCAUCCAACAUGUAAGUCCUGCGAAAGGGUCGGUACUCCAUGUAUCUACGAGAGAACAAUCCGACCGCAAUACCCAGGAGGCAAGACAUUAUACAUCAACGCUCUUGAAGAACGCAUCGCAUUUCUUGAGGCCCGGUUGCCAGAUCAUGCACAAGAUCAUUUCGAGACCCUCGCGCCGUCUUCUAUCGCUGAUGGCCAAGACAAUGACGCGAUCAACGUACAGACUUAUCCUGAGUCCUCGUCAUCUCAUCGUGGUUCCAUAUCAGAGGAUGUAGAUGGCUAUGAACGUAACUCUAUCAUCGAUGGCGUCGCGUAUCUCUCUUUGUGUGCCUCAGGCACAGUUGAGGCAACUCCGGAUCCAUCAUACCUGGGUUCAAGUUCGGGUGCUGCUAUUGCUCGAAUGAUACAGCGGUCCAUCUUUCAUAACUCUAGGAAUGGAACCAGGAAGGGCAGCUUCCCAAGACAAACGCAUCCUUCUGACGAUCCAUAUCUCGAGAGCUUAGCACCCGCGCUGCAUCUUCACCCUGACGAACCAUCCCACGGGUUUCCUUUCCCAGAUGAGGCUCGCCAUCUCUUCGACAUAUUCUUCGAUCGAAUGCAUACCCGAUGGCCCAUCCUAGACAGGAAGAAGUACACGGACCUUUUCGAAGUCCAGUAUCAACAGGGUGCUCUAUCCAUGACCCAAAGAAGCAUCAUGCAUCUCAUCUACGCCAUCGCCGCACGCUUUGAGCAGCUUACACGAAAACCAUCACAAGUCGAUCCUGAGAAACACUUACUUGCAGCUAUUGAACCGAUGGAUUAUAUCCUGGAGCAGCAUAACCUCGCUACCGUUCAAUUUCUCUUAUUACUUGCUGUUCAUGGCCAGAGAUCGCCAUAUGGAGCUGGUGCUUGGAGUCAAGUCCGCUAUGCGGUUUCGUUAUGUAUAGAGCUUGGUUUGCAUCGCGAGCGACAAGGGCCACCCCCAAGUGCAGAUGUUGCGAGAGAUUUGGAGAUCAGACGAAGGGCUUUUUGGUCAUGUUAUUGUCUUGACCGGGGAACAAGCGUUGUUCUUGGUAGGGCCUUUGCGAUAUCUGAUAGAGAUAUCAAUGUUUCAAUGCCCAACCCUGGACGAGAAUAUUGGGACUUGACCCAUGCAUCUCUCAACGAUGAACACGCGGUUGAGUGGUGUAAUAUUGAACCCUUCAUCCACAUCAUCAAACUGGAAAAGAUCCAGUCACGCAUUCACCGCACUGUUUUCAGGGUUGAUAAAGAUAUCUUCUCCGGUCCAGUUGAAGAACGAGUUAAGCUGGAUCAGAAGAUGGCCGCCAUCCGCUCCGAUCUCGACAGAUGGAUUCAGACAACGCCUCAGUCACCAAAAGAUAAUGGAAGGAUUACGUGGCUCUAUGACCCAGAGAGCACCAACCAAGACGCUGGCGAUUUCUACAGUCUUCAAUAUCAUAAAGCUGUCUUAGCCCUCUUCACAGUCCUGCUUCCGUCUCUAGCCACCACCGAUCCUCGGUUCAUCACAACAGCGCGAUCAGCUGCAUGCGUUUGCGUAGCAUACAAACGACUGAACCAACAAAGAACGCUGACAUAUACCAUGAUAUCGCUACAUAGCUGCUUCGUCGCUGGACUUACUCUGAUGUACUGUAUCUGGAAGGACAAGAGUCUCUUCAGCUACCAUGUCGUCGAGGCUACACAAGCCUGUUCUCAAAGUCUUACUGUAUUUGGAGAGAAGUGGUCUGGCGCCGUCAAGUAUCGCGACAUUUUCGAUGCACUGUCUGGCAGUCUGUUAAAGACUCUCAUGAGCCCUUGUGGACUUUCCGGUGAUACUGGAAUGGGUGUGCAUCAGACUCCGCCUUUGCAGACCAACUUCGAUCGGCCAAGCUUCAGUGCCAGCCAAUCGCAUCAGCCUCAAUCCAACUCACAGAGCAACGAAGCAGACGAUAUCACAAUGCGUGAUCUUGUCUCGGAUGCUGUUAAAGAAGCGUUCAUGGAGGUUGAUGAGGAAGCACCUGGCGGUUGGCAUGGAUGGCACAUGUGGAAUGAGAUUCUUGGUGAAGAUCCUAGCGCUACAGAUCUGCCCACUUCAAACCUGCCACCUGGUAUGGCAAAGGGCUGUAAGGAUGUGUGGAACUUGUCGGAGGGAGACUUGGAUUUGAGCAGAGGUUAGGACUACAGCGGGGUUUGACUAGCUGUUACUACUAUUCUGUAACGCAAACAAUGCAGACGUUUGUUCCAAGUGUCGUAUUGUCAUUACCUCUGAUUAUUACUAAGGCUUCAGUCACGUCCAUCCCAAGG